AUGGCUGAUGAUGAAAGCGAGAUUGGUUUGCCGCAAAAGGGUUUGAACAUGAUAAUUAAGGAUGUAAUUCCGGAUAUGCGGAUAGCAAACGAGUCGCGCGAGCUACUGAACGCUUGUUGCGUGGAAUUCGUUAAGCAUGUUUCACGUGAGGCACAGCGUAUCUCGGCACACGAUCAGCGGAAGACAAUAUAUCACGAACAUGUUCAAAAAGCUCUUGUAAACUUGAUGUUUCCCUAUGACUACGUUGAAGCUGCGGAUAGUGUAUUGAGCGAAUGUAAGAUUGCUGCAGAAAAUAAGUUGAAAAGGAAGAAUUCAAGGUUGGACAAAUGCGGGAUACCUGAAGAUCAGUUGUAUCUUAUGCAACAACAGCUAAUCGAAAAGGCUCGUCAGGAUCAGAUGGUUGCAGAAGCAGCAGAAAUGAAUCGGGUGCAGGAGGCCAUGUACCAACGGCAAAGACCAGUAAAUUUACUCGGCAAAGCCGUAGACGACGAAGACUAUGACACAGCUUGA